AUGGAGAUGAAGUUGAAGAUGAUGGAUUUCCAGGAGGAUCGAGGGGAGAUUCAAUUGAGGAGUCAUGGUAAAAAAUUAAAAAAUUUUGGAAUGUAUCAUGAGGCUAUCGAGCCAUACAUAUCCAGGUCGGGGUUGGCUUCCUUAGUUAACCUAUCCUACGAGUACGCUGAUCAUGGAUUGAUCGUUUCACUUGCGGAGAGAUGGCACCUAGAGACAAACAGUUUCCACCUCCCGGUGGAGGACCUAGAGUACGAUGAGGCGCGAUCUCAUCUUAUGGACUUGCUUGGCGUCGACUGCGCCAAAGCUUCAGCCGAGAUGAAGAAGUCACGCGGUCCAAAAGUGCGGUUGAGCUGGCUCCGCGAGGUCUACCAUGAUUGCAUUCAGCAGGAGCUUUGGGAGUGCGCUGCUCGGGCGUAUUUGUUGCAUCUGCUUGGAUGCACAAUUUUUACUAAUAAGAGUGGGACAUUGAUUCGUGUCUCGUACCUCCUUCUGUUGCGAGACUUGAAUGCAUGUUCGAGAUAUGAUUGGGGAGCAGCUGCACUAGCACAUACUUAUGAGCAGCUAGGAGAUGCUAGCUUCUAUGGUGUCAGACAGAUAGCUGGAUAUGUCACUCUUCUACAGGAGGCGAGUCUUAGAUACGUACACAGACCUCCAUCCACGAGCUUCACGAUACAUACCUUCGAGACAAGGUUGGAGUCUUAG